CAGGGCUGGGGCAGCCGGGGAGGAGCUGUGAGUCAGCACACCAGGAUGGGAGCUGCUUUGGUGACUGGGCCAGCAGAUUUCUGUUCAGAGACAUGCUCACUGUCCACAACCAUUUGAAGUGAAUCGACAUUCAGGAUAAGUGAUGACACGAGAACAGUACAUAUUGGCAACACAGCAGAAUCACCUGCCCCAAACGGAGAAUCCUCAAUUUUAUCCGGUCGGAAUUUAUGGAUGGAGGAAGAGGUGCUUAUACUUUUUUGUCCUCCUGCUUCUGGUUACUGCAAUUGUUAACUUAGCCAUGACGAUAUGGAUAUUGAAAGUGAUGAAUUUCACUGUGGAUGGGAUGGGAAAUCUGAGAGUCACCAAGGAAGGAAUCCGACUGGAAGGUAUAUCUGAAUUUCUACUUCCAUUGUAUGUGAAAGAAAUCCAUUCCCGAAAGGACAGCCCGCUGGUCUUACAGUCUGACAGAAAUGUUACCCUGAAUGCCCGGAAUGCCCUGGGGCAACUCACUGGCCAGCUGACUGUAGGGGGCUUGGAGAAGGUGGCUGACUGUGGACUCCACACCUCUUCAAGGAUUGGACUUCCCCUGUUGUGGGUUCCAGGAGCAGAUGCUGUGGAAGCUCAGUGUAAAAAGUUUGAAGUGCGUGAAAGUGAAGGUGGCAGGGUCCUGUUUUCUGCCAAUGAAGAAGAGAUCACCAUUGGGGCUGACCGACUGAAAGUAACAGGCACAGAAGGAGCAGUGUUUGGACACUCUGUGGAAACACCUCACAUCAGAGCAGAACCUUCCCAAGACCUCAAGCUUGAAUCUCCAACUAGGUCUUUGAUCAUGGAAGCACCCAGGGGUGUGCAAGUGAGUGCAGCUGCUGGAGACUUCAAGGCCACUUGCAGGAAAGAACUUCACUUACAAUCCACAGAGGGGGAGAUCUUUUUAAAUGCAGAAACCAUUCGUCUAGGAAAUCUGCCUGUGGGCUCCUUCUCAGCUGCUCCACCAAGCUCCCCAGCUCCUCAACAGACUGUGUAUGAGCUCUGUGCCUGUCCCAAUGGCAAACUGUACCUUUCCCCAGCUGGAGCGGGCUCCACAUGUCACUCCAGCAGCAGCAUUUGCUUGUGGCACUGACAUGCCCCUGAUGGCACCUCACACCAGAAUAGCCUUCCCUUCCUGGCCGUCUGCUACCCAGUUCUGCUCUGUUUGCCUCCCAAGGAGUCCAAGGCACUCUCAUGCUUUGCAGAGAGUCUCAGUCAAAGCUACUCAUUGGGGAGAUAGCACCAAGGUUUUGGGGGAUGCUGUUGUCUUGAGCAGAAGAUCUGGAUCCUUCUGUCCCCCGAGUGUCUUUGCUGCAUGGAGGCAAGCACAUGCUUUAAACUUUGGCAGGACCGGGAUGGAAACUGCACGUGCACACGUGAUCUAGAGACAUUCCCUCAGUAUCCCGGAGGGAGACACACUGGGAGUUGGGAAACCCUGUAUGAUAACUAACACUACUGUCUGAAAGCACAAUUUUCCAUUCAUGUUUUUGGAUGUAAACUUUUAUUCCAUAAUUUUAAAAUAUUGAAAGCAUUAUGUAAUGCUUGCUUUACUAAACAAUUAAAUUCAAUACAUGUUUUUGAGAGACAGAGAGAGAGAGAGAGAGAGAGAGAGAGAGAGAGAGAGAGAGAGAUUGAAGGGGGAGAGAGAAUCCUGCCCUGAGUAUUGUUUCUUCCAAUCCCAUCCAAUGUGUUGUUCCUCUUUGUUCAGUAUGUCUAGAACUCUACAUUAUGUCAUCUUGAGUGUGGUCAGCAAUACAACCUAUAACAAGUUAACAAGAUGCCACAAUGCUCUCCUCCAUCAGAUCUGAAUGGCCUUGUGGAAACUUUGCAGGCAAAUGGGUGUGAAGUGUUUGCUUUCAAUUGAAAUUUAUCAAAACCUAGGCUCCAAGUAAGAGAAGCCUCUUGAUGGUAUGGCGAGUAGAUCAUGCUUUUAAAGUUAUAUAGUUAUUUAAGCCUCAUUAACAGCAAAAAAAAAAAAAGUAUGAUUCCGGGAACUAGUGAACUUCAAUGGGAAUGGAAUUCCAAUGUUUCUUCUCUAUUCCCUUUAUUGUUAACUGUGUAAGGUUUCUAAGUAACCUCAAUUUACAUCGAAGGGUCCUACUCUCCCCAGCUUGCUCUCUCUCUCUCUCUUUCUCUCUGUCUCUGGAAUGUGUUUGAUGGAGCUGUUUGACUAAUCUACCACCAGAAUUCUAGACUUUUAUCACUCUCCACUACUUAAUGACUUUAUUUAAAGUAUACAUCUUUAAAGAAAAAAGAACUCUAGAAUGUUGUCAAUCAAUUUAUCAAAACCCUGCCUAAUAAGAGUGUCUUGAAAAUUGCAGGAUCGUGGAAUGUAAAACAAUAUUAAAUAUUUCCUAUUUUGGAAAGGUUGUUUGUUUAACCAAAGGUAAGUUACCUAUUUUA